GACAGUACCGUCAGAGUCAAAAACUACAAUGAUCAUGAGCAAUCACGCGAUUGCUGGAAAAGCGCUUGUGAUUGGACAACGGCGGACGAUGGGUUACGUGGCACUGGGGCUUCUGCGCAGGCGCAGUGCACUUUUCACCUGCAGUGUCAAGAUGGUGGCAAUCAGAAAGCAGUUUACACCUUACUUGGUGCUGUUUUUAAACAUUUACACCAGUUUUGUGUCUUCCUUGUACUUUCAUAUCGGCGAGACUGAAAAGAAAUGCUUCAUAGAAGAAAUACCGGACGAAACCAUGAUAAUAGGGAACUACCGGACACAGCUGUAUGACAAGCAGAAAGAAGAGUAUUUGCCUGCUACUCAAGGACUUGGCAUGUUCGUGGAAGUGAAAGAUCCUGAUGAGAAGGUAAUCCUGUCUCGUCAGUAUGGAUCAGAGGGCAGGUUCACCUUCACUUCCCACACGCCAGGAGAGCAUCAAAUCUGCCUGCACUCCAAUUCUUCCAAAUUUGCUCUGUUUGCUGGGGGAAUGCUUCGUGUUCACCUGGAUAUCCAAGUUGGUGAGCAUACAAACAACUAUGCAGAAAUUGCUGCAAAAGACAAGCUCAGUGAGCUACAACUGAGAGCGCGACAGCUGAUGGAGCAGGUGGAUCAGGUCCAAAAAGAGCAGAACUAUCAGAGGUAUCGUGAGGAACGCUUCAGACAGACAAGUGAGAGCACCAAUCAGAGGGUUCUGUGGUGGUCUAUCAUCCAGACACUGAUUCUGGUGGCCAUUGGUUUUUGGCAAAUGAGACAUCUCAAGAGCUUCUUUGAGGCCAAGAAAUUAGUAUAGAACUGUUUGGAUUUUUUCUUAUAAUUGUGAUGUCAGUUGAUACAGUACACAGAAAUUUGAAGACUAACUGCUUCAUGUGUGGUCAAGACUGCUGAAAACUCAACAUGCGCUCGGUUCAGUUCCCACCCUAAAUUUUUUUUGUUGAGUACUGCUUUGAGAUUUGUUUCACACUGUUUGUUCCAGUGCCACACCCAAAUGUAAUGUGAAUCUAGUUUCUGUUCAGGUAUACAUUACAGUUUGUUCUAGGCUGUUUAAAGGUAAAAGCCAAGUAAUUUACUGCAGUUAAACGCAAUUGCAUAGUUUUGACUUUCUCUUUCUUUUCUUUUCUUUUAUCGCUCCCCAACUUGUUACAAUAACAUUUUGACAUUUUUUGGGAAAAACUGAUGAAGAAAAUAACCAUUAACUGUAUCAAGGGCUGUUAGUGUAAUGUUUUCUACAUGGAAUAUUUGCUUAAACAUUUACAAGACAAAAAUAAGUUUAUCCUGGUGGCAGGUGUGUAUGUCUUCUGUUGUUUUGUUAUGCAGUAAUUAGUACAAUAUUUAAAGUAUAUUUUCUCAAAGUGAAUGUUUGUUUUCUUUUAUACAUUUGGUCAAUCAGUGUUUUGUCUACCCCCACCUCCCAGAUUAGAUUAGUAUUAUGCUGCCUUCUCUUUUGAUAGAUACAGUUUGCUGAACUGUUUGAACAUGCGUGUGUUAAAUGCAUGUAUCCAAAUAAAUGGCAAAUUGUAGUUAUCAAAAGUUAAAAGGUUUAAGUAUGUGUACAUAAGCAGAGUGAAUACCUGGAACAUCAAAAUAAAAACUCCUGGGAUAUA